ACAUUGACAGUGAUGGUCAGAGCGAAAAUUAAAUAAUAUCAAGCCUUGUCCAAUGUCCAUGACCAUUGGAAAAGGACCGGAUAAUCUCUCUCAGCAAAAUGACGUCGCGCUGGCACGCUGGGGCGGCGGCCCAAGCGCGUUUCAAGGGCGUCGCCAUCAAAGCGUCGUGACUAAUAUAUGUCAUCCAGUGACUUGGAGGUGACCAGUGACCACCGCCUUCUGCUGUUGUCUCCAGCGGCAACAUCGCCUAAUCGAUCUUAACCCGCCUCGCAGCCUGUCCCUACGUUGGAAGAGCAUCCGCCUCUCACUUUCUCCUCAAGAUGCACUCGGACGCUUUCGAUGUGAUCCCCUAUGCCGACAUCAAAGGCGACUGGAAGAAACUAGGUGCAGGAUCUUUCGGUAACGUCUACAAAGGAAACUACCUUGGCAUCGAGGUCGCCAUCAAGGAAGUGCUACCGUCCACCGAAUAUGACGUCGCCAAGUAUUUCGAACGUGAAUGGCGUCUCAUGAAAGAGACGAGACACCCGAACUGCUGCUUGUAUAUCGGACUGUCUCGCGCUCCUGAGCCCGACAAUCGUAUCUUUAUCAUCUCCGAAUUCGUCGAGAACGGGAAUCUCCGUGUCUACAUUCACGACAAGUCCAAACCAUUCCCCUGGCGACUUCGCCUUUCCUUCGCAACGGACAUUACCCGUGCCCUGGCGUACCUGCAUGCGCGCAAGUGCAUCCAUCGAGAUCUCAAGGGCGAGAACCUUCUUGUGACAUCGAACGGCCGGCUCAAACUUACGGACUUUGGAUUCGCUCGGAUCGCCGCGCGGAAUGACGAUGAGUCGAAGCGUCUGACCUUUUGUGGCACGGAUUCGUACAUGUCCCCAGAGAUUCUGAUGGGCGACGAGUUCGACCUUCCGACCGAUAUAUUCUCAUUGGGUGUCAUAUUCUGUGAGAUCGCCGCGCGAAGGCUAGCCGACGACCAUCACUUCAAGCGGUAUCCUCCCAGCUUUGGCAUCGACCCCGAAGAAGUCCACAAACUCGCUAGUCCCGGGUGCCCUCCGGCAUUUUUGCAGCUUGCCAUCGACUGCUGUGCCACGGAGCCGUCUGCUCGACCAACCACCCGUGCAGUUCUAGAGCGUUUGCGAGCCAUCGAGGCUGAGGUCCUCGCUCGCCCUAACGAAGGCGAAGACUUACACGUGGGCAGCAUCAAGUUGAUGACGGCUGGUAAACGUGCUGGUCCAGCCCCUCGGAUCCCGAGCUUCGGCAUGGGGGUUGGUAAAGAUAUUCGCAGCAGCAGCCUGCAUAACUCGGAAAGCAGCAACGAUGACAGCGACGAUGAGCUCAUGGAAGCUGUUGCCGGUCUCUCGAGUGUGGGCGUUGGCAGUGAUUGGUCGAAUGGUCACGAACCUCUUCUCGAGCAGGGCGCCCCUUCGGCCUUUUCGGAGUACAGCACCACUGUCAUCCGCGGUCCCAGUGGCGUUUCCAGCAGCCAGCUUCCCUCUUUAUCAUCUGUUCUCACCGUCCGUGCCUCUCCGAAUCCCAACGAGACUCCGGUACCUGUUCUGCCAGCAUCCCAUGAUCGUUCCUUUUCGGAUUCCGACGCAGAUCCUCUCGCUGGGUCGGUGCUGUCCAUCGCGUCUCUCGACUCUUAUCACACGGCCCAUACUGCGUCGGCAAUCUCGUCGGCUUAUGCGACUGAAGGCGGAUCGACAAUUCGGUCUCUUCAUGGAAACUACACGGCCCCGUUGGUCCAUCGAUUCACUCUUCUCAAACCAGGCGCCAAGCCCAGGAAGACAUCGAGUGGAACUGUGUCCCCCACAGCAAGUGCUCAAGCGGAGGUCGCCGCCUCUGGCUGGAAUCCCCUCGAUCUGUUCUUUUCCAGUGGCCUGUUGGUAGCCAAGUGCGACAUCUGUCUGAAGCGCCUGGGAUGGAAGCCCGUCUUGGAAUGCGAUGAUUGUGGGCUGCGAGCGCAUAUCAAAUGCGGAGAAGUUGCGCCCAGGGACUGUGGUGUCCGGCCCAGUCGUCCAGGUACCCAUCAAUCCCCGCUCUCCCCAUUGUCGAAAGUGAAGCAGAGCGCUGCCGCGGCUGCUUCCGCCGCUGGGAAAAGCAAAGUUCCGAGUCCGACUCGAUAAACGAUAUCCAGCCAAUUCCCGAAAUCACGACUAUCACGACACGACUUGUCCGGAUCUUCCAUUCAUGAUUUACGAUAGAAUGCGGUCUGCUCGAGCGCAUAUAAUGAAGCCUUUCUCGGACCAUGACGAUCGCAUUACACUUUUCCAUAUCCAACCAUCCGUAGCAUUAGCACACCUCACGAUCUUGUAUGUUUGUACACUACAUAGCGUACAUUAUCAUUUAAUCCUCCUUA